GGGCGGUCCAGGAGCGUUCCUUCCGGGCGUGGACUUCGUGGCGGGAAGAGUGACUCCUGUCUAACUUCGGCUCCUAGGUCUUUCCCCUGCGCCCGGUGUGAUGGAGCAGUUGCGGGAGGAGCAGGCGGCCGAGGAGGCUGCAGACCCCGGAGGGGAGCGCAGCGGGGACCGCAGCGAGGACCGCAUCUGCCUGCUGCUCAGACUGAGAGCACAGACAAAACAGCAACUCUUAGAAUAUAAGUCCAUGAUUGAUGCAAAUGAAGAAAGAACUCCAGAGCAAAUCAUGCAAGAAAACCAAAUUGAAGCGAAAAUUGAAGACCUGGAAAAUGAAAUUGAAGAUGUAAAAAGUACUUUUGAAAUGAGAAAUCUUGCACUAAACAGGAUGAAACUUUCAGUUGCACUUAAAAAUAACAUGGAUAACAAGGACACAGAAAGUAGCGUGCUUACAGAUGACAUGAAGCACAUAUUAAAGCUGAAUAAGUUGAUAAUGAAGUUACAGGAGGAAUCUUGGGAAUUAGAGAAAAAGCUGCUUGAUGUAAGAAAGAAGAGACUGCAAUUAAAACAAGCCUCAGGAAGCAAACUUUCACAACUACAAAUGGAGAAGAACAAACAGAAAGAAGAUUUGGAAAGUAUGAAAGAUUCAGACAUGAUAAAGACCAUGCAAAAAAAUCUACAGAAGGAAAUAGAGAUUGCUACAGUUGUUCAGCAUGUGUUCCAGGCCCUCAUUUUGGGGAGUAAAACCAACUGGGCAGAGGAUUCUGCUUUCAAGGAAAUUGUGCUACAGCUUGAGAAAAACCUUACCACAAUCUAACAAGAACCCUAGUUUGGCAUUUUAACAUUGUUUGUGCUUGGUCUGACAUUUAAAGAGCAAAUUUCAAGGGAAAUGUAUUCGUGUCUUUGGAGCCAUUCUAGUGCUGUAAUUUCUGUGGCUUGAAUUGACAAGGUGUUAUGGAAUCUUUUGUUUUAAAUAUCAUUAAAGUGACUGGCCUACUCUGAAA